AUGGUCUUCGCAGGUCAUCGAGGUAUGGUGGCAGCAACUGCGCUUUUAUUUCUUUGCAACCUACCUAGCAGGAUAAUUGCGAGCAGUGUGACAACCGCCACCAGCGUAAAUUCGAUAAUUAGUGUCCCAAAUACUACUGGAACAUGCGAGUUCAGGACCAUCAAUUAUAUAACAGAUAUUCUACCUCAGCAAUGCCUCCGCUCCUCUUGGAGUGGCACAGAAUCUCCGCUUACCACAGUGACCAGAGCUACCGAUGCGGUUGGAGCCUCCGAAAGCCAGGGAAAUGAUGGCCUAACAGACACAGUAUCGAACACACCUUUCAGCGAGUACGUUGCCCAAACAAAUGAUGGAGGUAUCGCAAGGGAAACCAGCCGUACCUCCGAGUCCCGACAGUCCACAUCAUCAAGCCCGUCUCCAAAUAUACCGACUCCCGCUGCAUCUUCAAUUACCGUCGACGAAGGAGAGCUUAAUCAUGCCUCAUUCUUGUCUUUCGAGGAGUGGAAGAAACAAAUAUUAGAGCAGGCUGGACAGCAAGAUUUGAAUCUUGGAAAGAGAAGGUCCGCGGAAGCAGCUAGGAAAAGGGAGGCGGAAGCUUUCCAAAAUAAUCUUGAGUCCCUGGGCGACGAUGGGGAAAUCGAUUUGGAUUUUCGUGCUUUCAGGAGCGGAGCGGCAGAACAAACUUCAAGGAUGACGGAAGACAACCAUGUGGAUUCUUCUAAAGGUUCGCAAAAGGAGAAAAGCGAUUCUGGACAUCGGAGAGAUCAACACAGAAGCAAGGAUGCUGGCAAGACCUGCAAGGAGCGUUUUUCAUAUGCGUCAUUUGAUGCCGGUGCCACUGUUUUGAAAACCCAUCAAGGUGCAAAAAACUCGAAAGCUGUGUUAAUAGAGAACAAGGACUCCUACAUGCUCUCGGAAUGCAAGACACCGAAUAAGUUUCUGAUAAUUGAGCUUUCGGAGGACAUUUGGAUUGACACUCUAGUUCUAGCAAAUUACGAAUUUUUCUCCAGCAUGCUAAGGACCUUCCGUGUUAGUGUCAGCGAUCGUUGGCCUGUAAAGACAGACAAGUGGAAAGAUUUAGGUAUCUAUGAAGCUCGAAACUCAAGAGAAAUACAAGCUUUUCUGAUAGAGAAUCCACAAAUCUGGGCAAGGUAUAUACGCAUCGAAUUUUUGACACACUACGGGAAGGAAUACUAUUGCCCACUUUCACUCGUGAGAGUUCAUGGCACUCGCAUGCUUGAAAGCUGGAAGGAUACUGAAGCUAACAAUGACGACGAUGAGGAGGCAGAUGAGGACCCCGACGACGGAUUUGUUCCAGAAGCUGUGGCAGAAGCCAUUCAGGUAACAUCAACUGAAGUACAAACUGUGCAUGUAACAACCAGUGGUCAAAAAGAGACCACAAGAUCAUAUGCACCUCGAGACGUUCAGAAAGAUGAGGCGCCAUUGGAGACAUAUUCCAAACCACCGCCAACGCCUACCUCUCCUUGGAGGAAGUCUGUUGUCGGGCAAUCUGAAAUACUUAUUGCACAAGCUAGGGGCUUAUGCUUCCCUUCAGAUGCCCCAGAACAUAUCCUCACAAGUCAAGCUGCUGUUGAAAAUGAAUCAACUGAUUUUAAAACGACUAUGCAAGUUCCGCCAUCACCUGAAAUGAUUUCUACCGCCUUCACAGAUAACUGGAUCACGUCUUCAUCGUCAGCUUUUACCGGACCCUCCGCACAGCAGACAUUGUCCGAAGAUAAGGCAUCUUUAGCUAGCACUUCACUUACCCAGGAAACCCAUGAAUCUUCUAGGAUCUCCCAUGGCAGCUUACAUUCAACAACUCCGACAAGUUUCACAACUACUCACAUUCAUAAGCCUCAAGAUGCUACAAGUACGAAUAAAACCCGUAGUACAAACACUGCUUCUGCAUCUGCCUCUCUUCCCACCAUCCAAGAGAGUUUCUUCAAAGCUGUGUCGAGGCGUUUGCAGCUGCUGGAAACAAAUUCAACCUUAUCGUUGAAGUAUAUCGAAGAGCAAUCGAAGAUGCUGCGAGAAGCUUUUUUGAAAGUUGAAAAGAGGCAACUCCAGAAGACAACUGGUUUCCUCGAAAAUCUGAAUAGUACAGUGCUUACGGAACUUCGCGUGUUUCGUCAACAAUAUGACGAAAUUUGGCAGUCUACUGUCAUAUCGCUUGAAAGUCAGCGAGAAGAAUCUCGUCGAGAAAUCUUGGCUAUUAGUGCUCGUCUUAACAUCCUCGCAGAUGAAGUUGUCUUCCAAAAGCGCAUGUCUAUCAUCCAAUCCAUACUACUUCUUCUAUGUCUUGGCCUCGUGAUUUUCUCCCGUGUCUCUAGCGCGGAACCUCUCAGUUUUUCUCUCCAUAAUCGACGCUUGCGCCGCAGCGCCAAUAGUAUGGGAAGUCCAAAUGACACUCCGGGCUAUACAUCUCGGGAUCACGAAGAUUAUGUCGGCGGCGCUAGCUUUCCUGUAAAUGCCUGGAAAAAUCAGCAUCGCCGUCAACCCUCAGAUGAAUCUGUCAACUCGCGCUCACGAUCGAGAGGUUGGGGCCCUCCAACACCCAUAUCAACAUAUUCUCGUUCUGAUAAUGAACUCACUCCUCCACGUUCCUUCGACGAGGCCACCGCGAAUACCGUAACUGGAGCUUCAACCGGUACAUUUUCUCGCCUUCGUAGAAGCAUCUCUAUGAGGUACCAAAAUUCCAACCCUUUAUUAUCUGCAUCGAAAGAACAGGAACUCCUUCGCACCUCAUCGUUCGGGCCUUCCCUUAGAUCGCAAAAUUCAUCACCUGCUUCUUUCUUGUCCGUUGCAGAUGCGAAGGAAAGAGGUGGUAAAGAAAGGAUUAGUAGUGGUUUGGCUAGUCCCCCGCCAAGUGACAACGACAGUCACGAUCCUAUGGAUGAUGUGAACUCUGCACCCACAGGCGUUCAGCAUGAGACAUUGGAGAGACAAAGUGUCAAUGACAUCAGGGAAUCUCAGGCCCCACAAACGCUUACUCAAGAGGAACCUGAUAAUGAGCAGAAACCUUUACCUGCCUUGCCUGUUGGAAAUCCUAGCCCAUAG